AUGGGCCAGACUCUGGUCACCCCUUUAAGUUUGACUUUACAGCAUUUCAAGGAGGUCCGUGGUGUGGCCCACAACAACUCCGUGGACGUCAAGAAAGGCAAAUGGCAGAUCUUCUGUACCUCCGAAUGGCUGACCUUUUCAGUCGGGUGGCCUCGGGAUGGUACUUUUAACAUUUCCAUUAUUCGGCAGGUUAAGGAGAGGGUGAUAAAUCCUGGACCGGGUGGACACCCGGAUCGGGUUUCAUAUAUAAUCACCUGGGAGUCGCUGGUGGUAGACCCACCAUUAUGGGUAAAACCCUUCCUCUCUCCCGUUCCCCCUCUGAUCCUACCUCCCUUGCCGGCCCCCGCCAUAGUACCAACUGCCCCUCCUGCUACCUCUCCCGUUGCCCUCUACCCUGCCCUUGUCAAACAAACGGAGGACAAGAAAAAAUGUCCCCCGGUCCUGCCAUCCGAUCAGGGCCCUCUUAUUGAUCUCCUAACUGAGGACCCCCCUCCUUAUGGAGAACAGGGACUGGAGGGCCAGUCUACGACGGCAGGUGGGGCCCCCUCCUCCAAGGUAGAUCCUAUCCGGGGACAGGAAGCGUCCCCUGAGAACCCCGAUUUCUCCCCGGUAGCGGUUCGUAUUAGAGGUCGAAGGGAACCCCCGUGGUCGUCACAGGCCUUCCCGCUGAGAACUGGGAAUGAUGGUCGCCCCCAAUAUUGGCCCUUUUCCGCCUCAGACCUUUAUAAUUGGAAGAACAAUAACCCCUCUUUUACACAGGAUCCCUCCAAGCUGACUAGUCUUAUUGAAUCUGUCUUAAUUACCCACCAGCCCACUUGGGAUGACUGUCAGCAGCUCUUACAGGUGCUCCUCACCUCUGAGGAGAGGCAGAGGGUCUUCCAGGAGGCCCGGAAACAGGUACCGGGCGACGAUGGAGGCCCCACCCAGGUACUGGCAGAAAUUGAGGAGGCCUUCCCCUUGAAGCGACCCUAGUGGGACUUCACCACGGCUGCAGGUAGGGCCAGCCUACGUCUCUAUCGCCAGUUGCUUGUAGCGGGUCUCCUAGGGGCAGGUAAAAAGCCCACCAAUUUGGCCCAGGUCAAGUCAGUCACUCAGGGACCGGAGGAACAUCCAUCUACGUUCAUGGAACGUCUGAAGGAUGCCUACCGGGUACAUACCCCAUAUGACCCAGAGGAUCCGAGCCAGGCCACUCACCUCAUCAUGUCUUUUAUCUGGCAGUCGGCUCCAGAUAGUAAAAGGAAGUUAGAGAGACAUAGGAAGAGAAGGAGGAGAGGUUGA